AUGAGCAGAACAGGACUUACCACCGCCACUAAUCUUGACAUUAGCAACAUUUAUUAUGCCGUAGGUUACCAGUUACCACACCCCAACCCUCACACACCCCUGCCCUCUCACACCCCUACCCUCUCACACCCCAACCCUCACACACCCCUGCCCUCUCACACCCCAACCCUCACACACCCCUGCCCUCUCACACCCCUGCCCUCUCACACCCCUGCCCUCUCACACCCCUACCCUCUCACACCCCUUCCCUCACACACCCCUGCCCUCUCACACCCCUGCCCUCUCACACCCCAACCCUCACACACCCCUGCCCUCUCACACCCCUACCCUCUCACACCCCUGCCCUCUCACACCCCAACCCUCACACACCCCUGCCCUCUCACACCCCUACCCUCUCACACCCCCACCCUCACACACCCCUGCCCUCUCACACCCCAACCCUCACACACCCCUGCCCUCUCACACCCCUGCCCUCUCACACCCCUGCCCUCUCACACCCCUACCCUCUCACACCCCUUCCCUCACACACCCCUGCCCUCUCACACCCCUGCCCUCUCACACCCCAACCCUCACACACCCCUGCCCUCUCACACCCCUACCCUCUCACACCCCUGCCCUCUCACACCCCAACCCUCACACACCCCUGCCCUCUCACACCCCUACCCUCUCACACCCCAACCCUCACACACCCCUGCCCUCUCACACCCCAACCCUCACACACCCCUGCCCUCUCACACCCCUGCCCUCUCACACCCCUGCCCUCUCACACCCCUGCCCUCUCACACCCCUACCCUCUCACACCCCUACCCUCUCACACCCCUUCCCUCUCACACCCCUACCCUCUCACACCCCUUCCCUCACAUACCCCUGCCCUCUCACACCCCUACCCUCACACACCCCUACCCUCUCACACCCCUACCCUCUCACAUCCCUACUCUCUCACUUCCCUACCCUCUCACACCCUGCCCUCUCACACCCCUACCCUCUCACACCCCUGCCCUCUCUCUGUCAUCUCUGGUGUUAAAGCCUGAUACAUUGACUUCAGUUCUAAACAGGGAUAGAACAUGGCAUAAAUCCUGA